CGGGGUUGGCGCUGCCCCGCCCCUCCAACGGGAGCCAAUGCGAGCCUGAGGCUCCGCCCCCAGGGCAAGCGCCUUCAGGGGAAGAGUAUUUAGAAGCUGAGCGCUCAGGAAGGCGGAAAGCCGGGGAAGCCCGGGAAGGGAGUGAUGAGCCAAGUGUGGCCCUAGCUCACAACUCAAAACCUGGAACCUGCAAGCUGGAGCCGCUGGCCUUGUGAGGUGGAGCCUGCAUCCCGCCUCUGUCUAUCCCUUUUUCAGCGCCCCGCCAGAGCCCAAGUGGGUGAGUCUCGGAGCUGCUCCCUGCUCGGAACCGCCCUGUCCCAUCCCUAGCAGUGGCCAACAUGGCCCGGCUGGUACUACAGGGCACACUGCUGUGCAUGCUGCGCAUUGGGUUAGGCACCCUGGACUCCGAGGGCUUCCUGCCCCCUGCACCCCAUAACUGCCCCUACAAAUGUGUCUGCGCUGCCGACCUGCUGAGCUGCGCUGGCCUGGGGCUCCAGGACGUGCCAGUUGCAUUACCAGCCGCAGCCGCAGACCUCGACCUGAGCCACAAUGCGCUCCAGCGCCUGCACCCUGGUUGGUUGGCCCCCCUUGCCCGGCUCCGCGCCCUGCGUUUAAAUCACAACGAGCUAGAAGUGCUAGGUCGCGGAGUUUUCACCAAUGCCAGCAGCCUGCGGCUGCUCGAUUUAUCAUCUAACGCCCUGCGGGCACUUGGCCGCAACGACCUCGAUGGGCUGGGGGCACUAGAGAUGCUAUUUCUGUUCAAUAACCGCCUGGCACACUUGGACGAGCAUGCCUUCCGAGGGCUGGACACACUCAGUCGUCUCUACCUGGGCUGCAAUGAACUCACGUCCUUCUCUUUCCACCACCUACACGGUCUGGAGGUGACCCACUUACGUACUCUGGAUCUCUCCUCCAACCGCCUGGGACACAUCCCUGUACCUGACCUGGCCGCACUGCCAGCCUUCCUCAAAAACGGCCUUUAUUUGCACAACAACCCGCUACCCUGCGACUGCCGCCUCUACCACCUGCUGCAGCGCUGGCGCCAGCGGGGGCUCAGCGCUGUGAGCGACUUCACGCGUGAAUACAUGUGCUUGGCCUUCAAGGUACCUGCUUCUAGAGUGCGAUUCUUUGAGCACAGCCGUGUUUUUGAGAACUGCUCAGCUGCCCUGGCUGGGGGCAUAGAGCGGCCUGAAGAGCAGCUGCACGUGCAGGUGGGGCAGUCCCUGAAGCUGCACUGCAACACCAGCGCCCCAGCUGGGCGCAUUGCCUGGGUCUCACCACAGCAUGAGCUGUUGGUGGCACCAGGAUCUCGCAAUGGCAGCAUUGCAGUGCUGGCUGAUGGCACCCUGGCCAUCAGCAACGUGCAGCUGUGGCAUGAGGGUGUCUUUGUGUGCCUGGCCACUGGGCCCCAUCUGCACCACAACCAGACGCAUGAGUACAACGUGAGUGUACACUUCCUGCACCCUGAGCCUGAGGCUUUCAACACGGGCUUUACUACACUGCUGGGCUGUGCCGUGGGCCUAGGGCUUGUGCUGCUCUACCUGUUCGCACCACCCUGUCCCGGCUGUCGCCGCUGCUACCAUCGCACCUGCCGCUGCCGACGCUGGCCCCGAACACCCAGCCCACUCCAGGACCUGAGUGCGCAGUCCUCAGUGCUCAGCACCACGCCACCUAAUGCACCCAGUCACAAGGCCAGUGUCCACAAGCAUGUGGUCUUUCUGGAGCCUGGCAGAAGGGGACUCAAUGGUCGUGUGCAACUGGCAAUAGCUGAGGACUUUGAUCUCUACAAUCCCAUGGGGCUUCGGCUCAAGGUGGGUUCUGAGUCCACUAGCUCCACAGGCUCUGAGGGCCUGGUGAUGACCUAGGUUGCCUAGGGCCACCCCUCCCCACCCUCGGCCCCCCAGGCCACUGCUUACCCACUGCUUGCCCUGCUCCCUGCUGCUGCCCAGAGAACUGCCAGAUGCUGGUGGGAGGGACUAGGCUUGGUCCUCCAGUCUCUCUUAUGGGCCUUGACAUAAACCACAGUAACCCCACUUACUGGUAGAGGGGUUGAGGUCCCUCCCUAGUACAGGACCUAAUAGGGCCUGCUUGUGCCCACUUUCCUUGGGAUCUCCUGCCCAAGUGUCCUGUGAGGACCGGAAUCGAGGCCCAUCUGGAAGAGCCUUGCGUUAAGAGCCCCAGGUUCACUCGCUGGGGCUGAGGCAGCUGAGGAGCGGUGGUGAAGAACUGGAGCAUGACCAACUUUCUCUUCCCGAGGGGACUGGAAGGGAGUGGCCCACAGGGGAAGAGGAGGAGAACCUCAGAGGAAGACUCAGUCCCCAUCCCAGGAAUGGAACAAGGAAUUACCAGCCCGCCCUCUGGUGAAAUGCACGACUCUCCAGGCAGCAACGUUCAACCUACUUGAAGCUUCACAAGUCCAAGCACAGUCUGGUGGGGAGGCAUGAAAUCUCCCUUCUCAAAAGACCCCCAGAGGCACUGCAGGCCACUCUAAGCAGAAUCUCCCCACAAGCUUGUGAGUCAGCGCUAAGGGGCACCAUGGUCUGUGCUCCCAGCUUUUCAGCAGUAAAAAGCCAGCUGAGCAUGGUUAAGAUGGGAGGGCUGAGCCUGAACUCCCUGUCCCCUGAGGGUAGAGUCCUCUUAAGGGCUGGCACUGGUCUUGGCCUAAUGGCGGAAGCAGUGCCCUGGCUUCAUAAGCACCUCACCACUCCCACUGCAGGGAGGCAGGGAAGUGGGGACUGGGGAACCCCUCCCAAGUAGGGAAUGAGCUGGGGGGGAUCCCCACAAAUGUCCUGGAUCCAGUUAUCUUCGAGUUUCUAAUAAAGGCAGUAUGUGCUCAUUCCUGGAGCCUCUGCAGAUGCAGGUA